UCUCCCUCCAGAAUUCAGAGGCGCUUUUCAGAGUGUCAAACCAGCUCGGUGGAAAUAAUGUCUUUGAACACUAUGAAGAAGAGACUCUUCCAAUAAACGUUAAAAAGGCGCCUGACUGGAACAACUCUGUUUGAAGUUCAAACCAUCAUACUCGAGAAACACGCGAGGAUGCGCGCGGCAGUUGGAAUCCUUUGUGCUUUGACGUUCCUGGUCUCGUGCAUCCAUGGCGCGAGAGUUGUGAGUGGUCAGACAGUGUGUCAGGGCACUUCCGAGCAUCCAUGCUAUAAGAUCGCUUACUUCAGGGACGUGUCGAGUCGUGUUGCAUUCUGGGAGGCCAAGCAUGCAUGUGACAUGGAUGGCGGUUCAUUGCUGAGCAUUGAGAACACUGCAGAGCAGAAGCACAUUGAACACCUUCUGCAGGAACUCAGCGUCUCCACUUCCACCGGUGCUUCCAGCGGGUCGGGCGUCACAGACGGAGACUUCUGGAUCGGGCUGACACGGGUGGAGGACGAAAACGCACAGGAGCAUGGCAGCUUCGCCUCGUGUCCUGACCUGUAUAGGUGGACAGAUGGAAGUGUCUCACAGUUUAGAAACUGGUAUGCUGAUGAACCAUCAUGUGGAGGAGAAGCUUGCGUGGUGAUGUAUCACCAGCCUACAGCUCUCGCUGGGCCUGGUGGGCCGUAUCUUUAUCAGUGGAAUGAUGAUAGGUGCAAUAUGAAGCACAAUUUCAUCUGCAAGUAUGAACCAGAAAGUUACCUGGUAAAAGUUCAGAGUGACACGCCUGGAGGCCCUGAUGUCGGUCUUAACUCAGAAGAACAAGAGGAAGGGAGAACACCUCCCGUUGAUCAGGAUGAGAACCCUCUACUUAUAAUGCCAGGGCCCUCAAGUAUGCUGCUAAUAUACGUGAUUAUCCCUACCAUCCCUCUCCUCUUGCUGAUCCUGGUGGCUUCAGGAACGUGCUGUUUCCAGAUGUUGAGCAAGAGUAAACCACGGACCAAAACGAGUGUUAACCAAUCAACUCUCUGGAUCUCCAAGACGCCAAAGAUAGACAGUGGCAUGGAGGUUUAAAGAAUCAUCUCCACGAUUCAAACAGCUCCAUUUUUCUGGCUUGAUCAGCAACAUUCUCGUCUGGUGGCUAGUUUAGUGUAUGAUUUAAUAAUACUAGCUAAAAGUUAGAUACAUAUUUGCAUUCCUGUACAAAUGUUGUGCUCUCACAAAUUUCUUAAGUCUACAAGUUUCCUGCUUAUUCCCAUAACCGUCUUCUCCAUUUCAUCUUUCUUCAGAGAACCACAACCACAAAAAAAAAGAGGAAUUAAGAGUUUGUUGUGACUGCGAAUAGGGACACACAAACUGAAAAGAAAUUAAUCUCCAAAAGAGCAUAAAAAGACAGCAUCAUAGGUUUUAGAGUAAUGUGUCUCAUUCAAGAAAUGAGAGGCCUAUUUAAUCCCCAAAGUUUCUCAUGCAUUGCCAAUAAUGGCACAAUAUCAUGUAUAGUUAUGUGCAUACGAUUAAUAAUUUGGUAGCAAAAACAUCUGCAAUCAUUCUUUAAAUGAACAGAAUCAUUGGCUUAUA